AUGGAGACGCAACCGGAUGAAGGCCAGUUGCCGGGCGACAUCCCCCUCCGUCCUCAUACGGACGGGCCUUCGGUUGUCAUCUCAACUGCAACCCCCCCAGCCCUUCCGGGCACCGCGUCGCAUAACCCUCAGAAACCCAAAUUGGCCACCCGAACGGCCCACGCCGAAAAGAAGCAGCUCCCCGCCUCCGGCACCCCGUAUGGCAGUAACAGCACCAGCAAAGUCGCUAUCCCCCGACAGCGAGCCGCCGCCGCCCCUCGAUUCAGUCGACGUGUCCCCCUGGCCUGUGAAUCGUGUAGGCAACGGAAAACAAAAUGCAGCGGAGACACGCCGAUUUGUCGACAGUGCAAGGAGCUGAGGAUGAGCUGUCGGUAUCCAGUGUCAUGGCGAGACCAGACCAAAGGGGAGAUAGAUAAGCUCUCCGUCAAGUCGGCGGACUAUGAGAAUAUUCUGCGGGAACUCAGCACCCAUGUUGAUGGCCGGGCUGCCGAGCGUAUCAAAUCGGUACUGGAGAAGCAUUCUCGCAGUACAGAUGGCACCUCGAAUGAAUCCCAAUCCAGCUCGGUGACCCCCCAGGACGAGGACAAUGAGGAUGCGGUGUCAUCACCUUCAUCGAUCGGAUCCUUGGACGCAAUCGACCGGGUAACUGAAGAUCUGAAUCGUACCCCGAGCUCCAGAGCGACAGGCUACAUGGGGAAAAAUUCCGAAGUCAUUUGGAUGCAGCGCGUGCGCAUGGAGGCCGAGCAACGUUCUCGAAAACUCCCUGGGUCUUCUGAGGUGGAUGACGAACGCGAAUUUGCAAUCCACUCCAUGAACUACCACCUCGAUGAUAUGGAGAUAUCCGUUCCGGGUCCCGUGCAUGUGUAUUGGAUGCCGCCACGGAAUGUGGCCGAUAAAUUGUUCGAGGAUUAUUUGGAUACUGUGCACCCGUUCUUUCCGAUUAUCAGCCGCACACUUUUCCGUGCCCAAUACAAAACUUUCUUUGAAAGUGCCGCGCGGCCGGGGGACAAAUGGCUAGCUAUCCUCAACAUGAUCUUUGCCAUCGCUGCUAAGCACGCCCACCUUACGCAGGCGCCGUGGCGUGGCGAUGAAAAUGACCAUCUCGUAUAUCUGACGCGAGCUCGGAUACUGAGUCUGAAUGGCGAUGUUCUAUUUAGCCAUCCUGACCUCCAGCAGGUACAAGUCGAAGGCCUGAUAUCUUACUACCUACUUGCAUCGGACCAGAUUAAUAGGUCCUGGCGAAUUGCGGCGCUGGCUGUCCGGUCUGCAAUUACUCUCGGGCUCAACAUGAAGAACACUAGCCAAGGGACGGCUAAACUCUCCAAGGAGGCGCGCUACAGGGUUUGGUGGUGUCUCUACACAUUCGAGCACAUGCUUGGGAUUAUGACGGGACGGGCCUCAACCAUUACUGACGGGAUCUGCACCACGCCAUUUCCGCUUCCUUUCGAGGAGGAACAACUUCUAGAGCCUGCUGCUGCUCAGCUUUUGAACGAGCCCGAACUACGCGAGGAGUACAUAGAUACAGCGAUGGCUUGUUCCUCCGUCCGACUAAUGCCCUCCAACCCUAAAGGGGGUAGAACUGCACGGCCAGCAGACAAACCGCGUGAUGUGACGUGGCUGAGAAGCCUUCAACCCUGCAGGGCCCUUGGUUUCCUCCAUUAUGUCGACCUCGCAGUGAUAGCGCAAGAGAUUGUCAACCGGGUCUACUCGCUGGAUUGUGUCAAGAUUCCAUGGAGUCAUAUUGAGAAUCGCAUUGGUGACCUGCGGGCCCGCAUCGAUCUCUGGUACACAAAUCUCCAUGAAUCGUACGACUUUAUUCGGAGGGAUGACCAGCCAUCGGACACUGUCCGUGGUAAGCUCUUCCUCGCCUUUCACUACUACAGCGCGCGGAUCACCCUAGGGCGCCCGUGCUUGUGUCGCCGUGAUGCACGGCAGACCGUGGCCAACAAGAAGCCAACCUUCAGCCAUGAAAUGGCCGUGAUCACUCUGGAGUCUGCGCUGCGCAUGCUCGAGCUGAUCCCCGAUGAACCGGAUGCCGUCCGUCUUUAUGACAUCUGUCCGUGGUGGUGCAUUCUGCAUUAUCUCAUGCAAACAACGACUGUGCUCCUUCUUGAGUUAUCCUUCGGUAGCAUUCACAUGCCGGAUGAUGAAAUGAACUUCUUAACAGCGGCUAAGAAGGCCAUUCGCUGGCUCUUUGCCAUGGCCGAGAACAGCCUCGCAUCACGACGCGCAUGGGAACUGUGUUACAGUAGCCUGCGGCAGAUUUCCACCGGGAUGAACUACGACCUCAGCGACAUGCCGGCCUACGACUAUGAAACUCAUCCUAAUGUUCAGAAGUUUGUUCCUUCACAGGCUGAGUCUGAUGAGACCAUACAACCGACGCCAACCUUAUUCAACGCCGCUGCGGAUCUGAACCAUGCUAUGACCGUUCCAUCCUCCGAUGUAUCUUCUAACCCCGUUACACAGUUCGCUCCGCAUCAGCACCAGUUCCAGGGCGUGUCGAUUCCACCCAACCUGAUGCCCACGAAUGCGGAAGUGAGUUCUGAAGGUGACACUUUUUUCCCAUACGACCCAAUCGGCGGGGAAUUCAUCCGUUCGUUCUUCCCCAAUGCCGCGGAAGAGGAUCUAUGGGAGGGGAUUUAAGCUCGUCCACCCAGUUGAUCUAAAUGAUACGUUCAUUGUAAUCAUCUUGUUAUCCUACAUACCCUCAUAAUAUGUUCUUGAAUGCGUGAUAUACACCCGAGUCUCUUCAUCUCUCUAAUUCCACACGAUUGUGUACUUUUUUUUCUUUUCUUUUCUUUUCUUUUCUUUUCUUUUCUUUUCUUUUUAUUUCUUUUUUUUUUUUUACCUUGGGACAAAUUCGAAUGAUCGGUGUUCUAUCUACAGGGUGACGAGAUCCAGGCUGGCACUGAUGAUCCAACGGAACAGAUGGGAUAGAUGGAUGGAGCUUGGGUGGUCUUGGCUUUUUUUGUUUUUGUUUUUGUUUUCUCCAUUAUUCCCCCUUACGCCAAAACGAAUAUAUCUGAUAAUCGUUCUCAAGUUUUGUACAUAAC